AUGCACACGGGGAAAAUGAUGCAGAGCACUGUUAAAUAUAAAGUACUUGCAAGCGAUGUGCAAGAUGAAAACGACAACGUUUGCACUGACGAUGAGGACGAUGAAAUUACGAUAGAUUUCCACUCGCCCUUCAUCGUUCAGCAAAGAAGGACAAGGAAAAGAGACACCUGUGUCAGGGUCACAGUGGCUGUGAUUCUUCUGGGAAUUGUUUUCGGAUUUAUGAUCUAUGAGUGGAAUGGCUAUUGGCCUGGAGUUGAGGAGCAUCAGGACCUGUCAAAUCAUCAAGAGGCUAACAAGACACACGAGAUUUCUGAGGAUGAAGAUCACGACCACCACGAACACCUCCACCAACAUCAUCAAGAUGAUGGUGACCACAAUGACCAUGACCACAACCACAAAGACGGACAUGAUCAUGAUGAUCAUGCUCUUGAUCAUCAUGAUCAUAAUCAUGAUAGUCACACUCAUGAGCACAGUCAAUCACUGUACCACAAUGCUGCUAUCAUCACAGACUCAGCAAACUGCUCCAGUAUUGGUAAAGAGCUUCUUCAGGAGAGAGGGAAUGUGGUCGAUGCAGGGAUUGCUGCUUUACUCUGCCUAGGAGUUGUUCAUCCACACACCGCUGGAUUAGGUGGAGUGUUUUCUGCAAUUUUGUACAAUCACACUACAAGAUCAUUUAAAGCAAUACGUGACACCUCUCAGCAGCUGCCUACAUAUGGCGCUCCCUCAUUAUUGCAGGGCCUUCAACUGCUGCAUUCCAACUACGGGCAUUUAGAAUGGAGUCGACUUUUUGCGGGCGCCACGAAAGUCGCUAAAGAGGGUUUCCUUAUCGAUGGAAUCCUCUCCAGGGCUUUAGAAACCCACAAGGACAAAAUACUCCAGUCAGGACUAUGUGAUCUGUUCUGCGAUGCGGCUGGCCGUGUGAAAUCAGAGGGCGAGCAUGUCGCCAACGGGAAUCUAUCAGACCUUUUGCUGAGCGUCAGCCUAAACAGCUCCCAUUUCCCGGAAAAUCUGGCCGUAAAAUUGGCUCAAGACAUUUCUGAAGCAGAGAGACCAGCCUUCCUUGCUGCCGCUCAGGCCGGCAGCGGAGAAAUCAAUGAUCCCCUUAUCGUGGCAGAGGAGAAAUACAGCAUUCUUUCACCCCCCUACCAGCUCACAGGUGGAAUGGUAUCCAAUAUAUUAGAUAGAGUCCGAGAGCAAAACCUCACUUUUCCGAGCCACGGAGAUAUCGGUAAUGCCUUUGCCUCUUAUAAUGCCCUCCUAAAUUUGGCGAAUGAAUUCUUCAACACAAGUCAGAGAGAGAUAUUCACAUUAAAUACCACAAGCAGUCAUGUAGGAGUCCUCGAUAGUCACGGCAAUUUCAUAGUAAUCUCCACCUCGCUCAACAGCACAUGGGGAUCUGGGCAAUACUUACCAAGUAGCGGAGUGAUUCUCAAUGACUUUACCUCAGACAUCACUCGGGAGCCUUAUUUUAGUUUUCCUCUAGUGCUAAAUAUAACUGAAGAUGGUGCGGAUGAUCCUGUGGAGAAGCAGUUUGUGGCUGUGACCGGAGGGCUUUCUGCCCUGCUUCAUUCUGUGGUUAUGCUGAGAAACCUGGCUGACGUUGGACUGUCUGCUUAUGAGACUGCGAGCAGCCCUAUGCUCCAUAUAGAGCAGGGCGGUUCUGGGUCUCUGUCUGGCUGUAUUUCUGGUGUCACAAACAGCUCUGUUGUCUUCCGGUUACUUUCAGAGGGAGACGGGCCCGUACGGGAGGUGGGUGAAUGUUCAGAUUGCUUUCUGUCCAUGCUGCUGCAACUGAGAACAGAACAUGUAAGAGCCUAUGGAGUCCCUGCUACUGAGGUCCAUGCUGAUGGAUACUAAUGCAAAAAAAACA